CGCGUACGGGCGGGUGAGUUGUGCGUACCAAUCGCGGGUGCAGGGUACGUCCGCAGGCACGCAGGAGGAGGCACGAAAACCGGGCACAGCCCCAGGAGCGGAGGGUUCCGGCAAACGAGACAAAACCGCCCACGCUGCUUCCUGGGGACCGGCGCGCGUCUGCUCGCGCUGCGACGAGUGCAACGCAUUGAGUGCCGCGUGCGGAAAACGGGCUUCAACGCGGCUCGGUUGGGUGGUGGCCCGCUGCUGUUCACUCUUUGGAGAGAAAAGGGUUGCGCGAGGAGCGACAGGGACAGGGUGGGAAAAAGAGAGGGAUGCGUGAAGGAGGAAGGGUGAAGAACGAGGGAAGAGGAAGAGGAGGACAGAGGAGAAGGAGGAGGAGGAGGAGGAGGAGAGUGGCAGGGGUUGAGUAGCGGGGGAGGAGGGUCGGAGGGGACGGGUGGAAACUGGCGGAGGUUGGGCGACGGGGGUGGCGGCCGAUUCUCGGUUGGUGGUAGUAGUGGCGGAGGCUGAGGGGGGAAGGGGGUGGCGGGAGUGGUGGCGGCGGCGGCGGCGGCGGCGGCGAACAUAAAAUCCCUCGCACAUGCCUGGUGCAUUCAUUAGGGGGGAUGUGUCCGUGCAGCGUACACGUCGACCUGCAUCCACGCCACCCUCUCUCUCUCUCGGCGCCACCCCUGGCCUCAGUCGCGCUCCGCGGCCAACUUGGUACACACGCCACUUUGUUGUUUCUCCCUCUUCGAGUUUCGUCCGCAUUUGUACGUCAUCGACGCCGCGUCGUGAGAUAAUCGUGAUACGCGAGAUCGCAUCUCGUCUCGAUUCUCUAACGAUCGAAAGAGUUAUAUAUAUAUAUAUAUACAUUUUUAUAUAUACAUAUAUGUAUAUAUACAUACACAUAUAUAUAUAUAUACACAUAUACACGGAAAGUUAUUCCCGAAUCGACGUAACUGUGCUCGUUCUCGUCUCCCGUCUGAAAAAGAAAAGAAAGAGAAAUAAUAAAGAAAAAAGGGGGAAAAAAACUGAAAACUCUUCUCUCAACUCGCUCACUGUUUCAUCGCGCGCCUCGUCAUGACCGCCGAGACAAGUUUAAGAUACUGCAUACUCCGCUCGGUGCGAACGAUGUAAUCGUCAAGUGCCGUUUUAUUGCCUGUUGUACUGUAACUGUCAUGUGCGCGGAUAUACUGUCUACGACAGAGAUCGCAGUUACGUGAACGUGAAGAGGAUCUCUUGGUCUCUUGUCCAGGGGAGAAGAAUCGUCUUCGUAAGAUCGUCGCGGAAGAUUUUCCGUGAGGGGGAGAUCUGAUCCUCCUUCGUGCUGCGUGGUGCGGCUACGACAGCCCGACAGGAUUUCAUGUUCACGAAUUUCAGUAAACCAGGUAACGAUGCGCCAAACACGCCUGCACAGGCAUCGGCGCGUCGAUUUUCAGAUUUUCAUAACGCGCGACACCCUCGCGUCGUUACCACUGUCGCGAGGACAACACGUUCGAUUUGCGCGCUCGGCCUUCCUUGCGGCCUGGCUGCACGCGGCUGCUGUGUACGCUUAGAGGGGAGGCCACCACGGAUACGCGCCUAUUCUGCAGCUCGCAAAACGGCCUACCAGACCUGCCGGACCCAUCGAUCGCGAGAUCUAGAGGCAUGCGUCGCGUGUUCCUCCCUCCCCCCCUCUCUCUCUCUCUCUUUCUCCCUUCAAGGGACUAAGACGGGAACAGAAUAGGCCGAGAAACCACCACCGAACGUGAGACGGACGUAUUAUACUGGGACGAACAUUGAAAACGCGCUUCUUCGUUUCCCGAUCUUCGAUAAAACGAUGCGCGACUCGGUUUUCGUCGAUUUCGGUUCGUUUCCUUUUUUUUUUUUAUUCCGUUUUCACGCGAGAUAAUCGGAUAGGAAAAUAAGGGAAAAGCGGAUUGACAGUCGGAAAAUAUGUUGGCACGCAGGGAAUUUUAUACGGAUUUCAAUAAUAUACACUGUAAACUAGACUGGCGUUUAUUGGUUUGACCCAUCCGAUUGAAACGUAAACUAAUCCUGGCGCGAACAAAAAUAGGGUGGGGGAGGGUGGAGGGGUUGUCAAUUUUCGAGGACAUAUAUUCGUGGACGAAAUACGCGCGCAAUUUCUGACCGCUGCAAUCGUGCAGCGGUUCCAUUGUUUCAGACGAUAAAAUGAGAUAAAUCAUAUUCUUUCACAUCCUAAAUGGGGAAUCCGUGAAACGAGGUAGAUUUAUCAUAGGUGAAAUUUCAACGUUUCACACGCGCAAAGACUGACUCUUGCUCAAUUAAAUGAUAAAGGACCCGUGUAUAUAAAAAAAUCUAUAUAUUUUUUUAUAUAUUCGUAUCAUUAAGAUUUAGACCCUUUUUAAGAGAAAUUAACGAAAAGUUAUUCCUUCGUAAGUCAAAAUUGUAAUAUUAAUUACGCGUAUUUCGCGUCGAUGUUGUGUGUCGUGAAUUGAGAGAACUUUGUUUUUCCUUUCGAUUUAAUAUUUAUAAUUAAAUGAGAUGCACGACGGAUAAAUAGCUCAUUAUCUAAUAAUUCACAUCUAAAAAUUUCAAUUUUAGUUACGUAACGCAAUAAAUAUUAAACGUAGUAUUUUUUGUACGGAUACGGAUUGAAAUAAAAAAAAAAGAAGAAAAAAUAAAGCGAGGGGAAAAUAUAUUCGUUUCCUCGGAAUUCAGAGAUACGAAAUUUCUAGAAAUUCGUAUGUUUGAACUGCAUAAAACGUUUUUCGAUUCACGAACGAAAUAUUUCUUAAGAUGUAAUUUAAAAGCAACGUCCUAUGGGAUAGUCUUUUAUAAAACUUUGCAAUGUAAAUUUUUUAGGAAUAAACCAGUCAUGUUCUGCACUUGAAAAACGGAAUUAAAGAAAGGAAAAAGAGAGAGAGAGAGAGAGAAGAAAAAAGAAAAAAAAAGUAGAAGGAGGAAAAUUUAUAAGUAGAGAUGUUUGAAUAAAAGAGGCGAACCAAGUGCAACAUUAGAAUUUUCACGGUAUUAUUUAUGCAAUAUUUCUUCGGUAACAUUCUUUCCGUAUGCAAACACAAAACAUCGUAACUUCUUAGACGGUACACUCCGGUGGACAAAUAUUGCAACAACGAUAUAUCAAGAUUAAUUUUUAAUCUGCCGCGAUGAGCGGUGGGAAAAGGAUUCAUAAUUUAUCAUGCGCGUACAGCAGGCUGAUACAUCGAGUUACGCAUAGAUUAAGAUAAAAAGCAUAGAGAAAAAAAAAAAAAAAUUAGAAAAAUAUUAUUUUAGAAACGAAAAAAAAAAAAAAAAGAAAAACGUUACAAAACUAACGAACCGUUAUCGUUCAUUUCAUGUCGCUUUAAGCACCGUGCACGUUUAAAAACUAGCUUAAAAAGAGAUUCGAGCAUAAAUCGAUGCGUUUACACUCGAUCGUUUCUGUCUCGAACGACAAGGGAUAACGGAAAGCAAAUAAUACUCUUGUCUACUCUUUUUUCCCGUUUCUCGAAUGCCUAUUCUAUACUCGGUAGUCGGUAUGACGCAUCGAUCGACGUAUGAUCCAUCGAUCGCGCGAAAUAUCGCUCGAGAGGGAGGAAAAUUCGUUCGUAAUGCACGUAAGAGUAUAUAAGUCACGAUUUUCAUCUGUACAGACAAUAAUCGUGAAACGUAUAAUAGAACGUUCAACAUGGGUCUUGGGUAAAGUUUCCCCUCGUUUCAAGAUCACGGAUUUUAACCGUGCUCUUUCUCCUCUUCUAAGCUACAUCGCCGCAUUGUCGCCGAGGAAACAUAUGGCCGAGCGCAGCAGCGUGCGUCUUUUAUCGGGACGGCGUAUUUUAUGCGAACUUUCUUACCACUGCAUUAAACUUUAUUGCACCGUCGCGAAUCUCUGUUGCUUUUUUAUUCGAGCUUGAAUUGUGCACAUAUCUUUCACGAACUAUCGUAAAAUUCAAUCCGAACGAUGGGGCCAAACAUCUCAUUAAUAUUAAAAUUAGAAUCAGAAUCAUUAAUAUUGAAGUUUGAAUUAAUUCGAGUAUUAAAAAAAAAAAAAAUCGCUCGAAUAUAUUAUUCCAUCGAUUAUUCGUGAUGAGAGAAGAAAUAUGAUGAAUAUGGAUAAAAAAACGCGAUACGUUAUUACGAUCGCGUCGCGUAAUUUUUUGGUGCGCGCGCACUUAUCGCGCGCGCAUGCGCGGUGCGAAAAAAUCGCGCCAGCCGCGUGGCACCGCUGCACUUCCGGUUUAUAUCGCGCCAAGAUCGUCCCUGAAGAUUUGCCAGCUUCGCACAAGACAGAGAAAUGUUUUAUUUCGCGAUGCUACGUCAACUGUAGGGCAAGAAACAGGCGACGUAUCGAACCAUACAAUACGUCGCGAUGUAAUAUACUUCUGCUUCCACUUGUUUUCCUCGUGGAACAAUCAAGGCCAUCGCGAGAUAAUUAUGCAGAUAACAGUGAUGCUCGCCGGUAUUCCACCUGUAGGAGGAUCUACAGGGUCGGGAUUGGAGAUAGACAAGAUGGACCAACAGUAUUGCCUACGGUGGAACAACCAUCCAGCCAACCUCACAGACGUUCUCAGCUCCUUACUUGCCAGAGAGGCACUCUGCGACGUAACCCUGGCGUGUGUUGGAGAGACUUUCAAGGCACACCAGACGAUACUCUCUGCAUGCAGUCCAUAUUUUGAGAGCAUUUUCCUUCAGAAUACCCAUCCCCAUCCAAUUAUAUUCCUGAAGGAUGUCAAUGAAACGGAAAUGAAGGCAUUGCUGCACUUUAUGUAUAAGGGGGAAGUUAACGUUAGUCAGCAUCUGCUACCGAUGUUCCUUAAAACAGCUGAGGCAUUACAGAUUAGAGGCCUCACUGAUAAUAGUGUAAAUAACAAGACAGAAGAGAAAAGUCCAUCGCCAGAACCAGAAACGCAAACUGGUAUUAGGCAUACUGAAUCGCCUAACCUUCAGCCUCCUCCUGAAAAGAGGAAACGAAAGGCUUCGGGCAGCUAUGAUGUUUCCCUUAGUGGUCCACCCAGUGAACGGUUCAUGUCAGAUUCUCAGACAUCGUCACAAUGUAGUUACAAAUCAAGCCCUCCUGUGAUUCCAAAGUCAAAUAAUGCCAUGGGAGCUGAUUUGGAAGAUGGUAGUCGACCUAUGUCUCCUGCAUCACAGCCACAACCUUCGAUCAAGCAAGAGUUAGAUCAUCACUUACCAGACUUCCAUGACAACAUUUCCCUCCCAACUAGUGUGGAGUGGGAAGUUCAGAGAGAUGGGAAGAGUGACGAAACUAUGGAUGUACAGAACAUGACCCAAAAUCAACAAGAUUCUGCUGUGAUACAAGUUUCUUGUGAAAGCACUAUCAUGGCUGGAGGUUCUAUGUCUAUCAAUAUGUCAGGGACUACAUCCGAAUGUUAUGAUAAUUCUUACAAAUCUUCGCAAAAUCAGUCUACAUCUUUAAAGUGUAAUUCACAGAAAAAUAGUAAUGCAGAAUUCAGUUCCAUUCUUGAUUCAUUUCCAGAAAGUAAUGCAAAUGUUAAAAAAUUUCAUGAUAACAAUGAGAUACAUAGAUCAAUAAUUGUAAAUCCACAGCCAAGCAUGUCAGUAAUUCAAUCAACUUUAUGUAAUAUUUCACAACGUUCUAUUCCUCAAAGUAGAAAAACUGGUAAAUUUAAAGUUGGAUGGUUAGAUAUGUAUUCUUGGCUUCAAUAUGAUGAGAGAUCAAACCUUAUGUUUUGUAAAUAUUGUAGAAAAUGGAGCGAUUCAAUGCCUGAAAUACGUACUUCAUUUGCUGCUGGAAAUGGUAAUUUUAGACUUGAAAUUGUGAAUCAUCAUGAUAAGUGCAAGGCUCAUAAUUUGUGUGUUGCUAAAGAAAGUGAAGCAAGAGGAAAUUAUACUUACAUCAUGGAAACAUAUUGAUUUUUUAUUAUGAGUGCAUUUUAAUAAUAUUGAUUUGUGAUUUACUUUGCUCAAUUAAGAUUCAGAUUAAUUUUUACCAUAAAAAAAUGGCUUGUCAUGCAAGACAAAAUUACUUCAUAAACAUUCUUUUUUUCUUACUUUUUGUUAUUAUAAAAUCAUCUUAUAAAAUCUGCAUAUAUAUGCAUAAUUAUUUGAGAUUGUAUAAAUACUAUCAGUCAUGCUAUAUUAUGAUAAAAUAUGUAUGCAUGAUAUUUUAUUAAAAAUAUACAAUGUAUUUUUACAUUAUAUUUUAAAAUUUUUCAAAAGUAUAUAAAAGUAUAUAUAUUUUUCUAUAUUUAAUUUUAACAAAUUACAUAUUAAAGUAAAAUUCAUGCAUUUUAAAUACAAUAAACACAAAUUAAAAAUGUGCCUUGCAUUAAUUUAUUUUUAUGGUUGUUAUCACAAAUAUCUAGAACAUUUUUUUAUCAAAUCUUAAUUAAUUAAUUUUUUUCGAUAAAGCAAAUGAAAUUUAUAAAAAUUAUGAUAUGUAUAGUAUUCAAUGCUAUACUUAUUUUAUAUUUUUGAUUAUAUUAAGAAUUUCAAUUUUAAUUAUAACAUCAUUUUUAAAUAUUUUAUAUUAGCAUUAUACAAAUUAGGUCUGAUAUGUCUUGGUUAAUUAAUUAUAUAUAAUUAAAAUUAUAAAUUUCAUUUUUUAUUCCAAUUAUAAUAUACAAUAUAUGUUUGUGCAUGCUAUAAUUGGUUGAUUCAUGGAAAAUUUCUUGUUAAAAAUUUAGAUAUUUUAACGAAUAUUUCAUAAUACAAUGUAGAAAAUUUUAUGAAUUGUGUAUAUUGUUUAGAUUGUAGAUUAUUUUUAAUAAUAUGUUAGAAUAUAUUAGAGUUGUUCAUGUUUAUAAAUUAAGUCGAAGAAAGAUAUAAAUUUUUAUGGAUAAAAUACAUUUAUAUAUUUAAUUACUUAUGACGUGACAUAUACUUUUACAAAGUGAUCGAAUAUAUUAAAAUUCACAUUUAUAGAUUUUUGAAUCUAACAUUUUUAUGUAAUAAUGUUUAUAUAGAUAAUAACGUGAACUGUUCAAUCAUGUUAUUAACAUUGAAAUAUUGUUAGGAAGAAACGAAUUGCCAAAGCAUGUGCAUUUUUAUAAUGAUGCGCUUCUGUGAUGAAUAUUUCACGCGUGAAAUAUGAAUGAAAUUCCAAUAUUUUUAUUAUAGAGAAUGCUGAUUUUAUCGUAUCAAAUAUACGAAUAAGCAUGCAUUUAGGAUUUCAAUGGAUUGUAUUUCAUCGAAUGACAAAUCCUUCUCUCUUGUUAUUAUUAAUUAUGUAAAUAGUAAAUAAAAAAUGAUUGUUAUAA